AUGGUAAAGUUUCUGCUGCUGGCUUUGGCAUUUGGUCUGGCUCAUGAUCAUGCUGAGCUUGAAGGAAAGUGGGUUAACAUUACCAUUGUUGCCGAUAAUGUGGAUAAGAUAGAGGCAGAAGAACCCCUGAGACUCUAUGUUCAUGAAAUUACUUGUACUGAGGCAUGUAGUAAAAUGGAAGUCACAUUUUAUGUCAAUACAAAUAGCCAAUGCUCAAAGACCCAAAUCAUUGCAUAUAGACAAGAAGAAGGCAACUACAGAGUCCAGUUAAAUCAAGGAGACAAUAUAUUGAAACAUGUGCAUGCAACACCAGAGAACAUAGUCUUUACCAGUGAAAAUGUGGAUAGAGCCAGCCAAAAACAAAAACAAAAAUACUUGAUUUUAGUUGUUGGUAAGAAUGGUCAAUCUUUGACUCCCAAACAAUAUGAAAACCUUGAAGAAUUUGCUGAGUAA